UUCCCCGACGGCUCAGGUUCCGCGAAAAUAUGCCUCCCUUCCAAAGUUUGGCCCUGAGGUCGCUGUAUACGGAUUGAAUUGUCCAUAUAUGAAGACCCCACAAGACAUGACAGGCACAUUGGAGGAAUUGACUUCUAUGUAUCUCGUAGAAAUUCGACGCCGUCAACCAACUGGGCCGUAUUAUCUAGGCGGAUGGCCAGCAGGUGGUAUCUGUGCAUACAAAGCCGCGCAGCAACUUGCUCGUGAAGGGUGCAAGGCCGAAAAGUUGAUCCUCAUAGAUUCGUUCAACCCGAUAGGGCUGGAGAAUCCUCCGCAGCACUUGACCUCAAUCUUCCUCGACCAGAAAUCAGACCCGACGAUCCCUGUGGUUCGGUUGCUCAAUGGGCGGACUGAUUCCGGUGGUGAUGGAUGGGCGUCACUGGUAGGCAGAGAGAAUUUGCAGAUCACCGUUAUGGACAAGGUAGAUCAUCUCUCAAUGAUGGAUAAGGGGCCACAUAAGAAGCAAUUCGCAAGUUUCCUUCAGCGGGCAUUGGCAUGAGCUUACUAGAAUGAUUCUUACUUACAAUACUGUCUUUCUUUCCCUGUUCUCCUUUUGAACCUGUACACGUGGCGCUAUAUGCUUAGUUUCAGAAGGUUCCAUCCUUUGCCAUUCUUU